AAAAUAGAUAGAAAGAAUUAAAUAUAUAAACAAAGAAUAAAACUAAAUCUAGAAAAAAAAACAUACAUUUUUCUAAGUAAUCUAACACAAUUCAAACUAAUCAACCAAACAAACAUGUCUGUUCAAUCAUUCUCUACGGUUUGCAAGGAUAUUGCUACCCAAUAGAAAUUUGUAUUCAUGGAUUAGAACAUCUAAUUCUUGGACAGUAAUAAAUAAAUGGUUAACAUUACUUAAUCCGUCUCCAUUAAUAACAUACUCUCCGCCUUCUUAAACAACUGCAUAUUAUUUGUCAAGACAUUAUCUGGAGACCUUAACAUAGGCUGCUAUCCUCACUCCUUCGCUCAACAAGAAGUUAUUCUUCAGUUGAACUAAAUUUCAGGCUAUGACAGCUUAUCAAUUGAAUUUAUUUACCAAAGACUAUCUCCUGAAGAGAUCUAAAAGCUCUAUCCGAGCACCAAUACUCAAAAGGAACAAAAAAAACAAAAAAAUGAAUCAAAAAAAAGCAACAAUAAGAUAUUUAAAGAAUCUCAGGUUGUUGCUGAUGAUGAGAGUAUCAGUGGAUCGUCAACUUGCUGCAACUUCAAAAAAACUAAAACUGAAUCCCUAGCUAAAAAUAAAUAUUUCUAAGAAGAUUUUCUUGCUGAAUUUGAAGCAGAUUAAGAAAUCCACUUAUAAAAAAAAAAAAAAUCGAAUAUUUCUCAUUCAUCUUAAAAUAUUUCUUGUUAAUCAUCACUCUCUGCAGCCUCUAUUGCUAAUUAAAUAAAUUCUACAAUCUAGAAUAAUAAUAUUGAAGAUACUAACAAAUCAAGUCAAUAAUAAUUCUCCAUUCUCAGUCACAGUUUAACUAGAAGCAAAGAAAGAACUAUUGCUUCAGCAAUUAAAAUAGUCUCUUAAUGGAGAGAUUUGUAUGAAAAAUAUAAAGAAGAACGUAUUUUCCGCGACCUACAAGAAAUAGCUGAAGAAAUUGGACUCUCUAAAAAAGUGUUAGACUACUACUUCUUAGAACUCCGCACAGCUGAAUUCUUUGGGUUUGACUUUGACUCCAAUCUCGAAUAAAAAUUUGGAAAAAUCCGUAAAUUUAAUAACUCUCACAAGCAAUAAUUCAUAUAAUAAAACAAUAAUAAAAAAAUUCCAAUCAAUGGAAAUUUCAAUUACAGAAUGAAUAAUUAAUUAUCAAACAAAUAAAGUGUAUCUUGUAUAUAAAAACCUUUCAAAAUUACAAAUAUUAAUCAUAAAAAUCUUGAUUUCACUAAUAACCAGUAGUAGAAUUAAAUUCAAAAUGAUUUCUGCUAUCAAAAUUAAUAAUAUAUUUAUCAUCCCCAGCAAUAACAAUAACAAUAACAAUAAUAAUAAUAAUAAUAAUUUAACCAACAAUAGUACUAAGUAUACAACAUUCCUACUAUUCACCUUUGA